AUGGAUGAAAUUGAAGUUCCUCAAUACUUCAUCUGCCCCAUAUCACUCCAAAUCAUGAAGGAUCCUGUUACAGCCAUAACAGGUAUCACAUACGAUCGUGAUAGCAUUGAGAAGUGGCUAUUCUCCAACAAGAGCACAACAACAUGCCCCGUUUCCAAACAACCCCUCCCAAGGGACUCUGACUUAACCCCUAACCAUACCCUUCGCCGUUUGAUCCAAGCUUGGUGCACUCAAAAUGCUUCACUUGGCAUUGAUCGCAUUCCAACACCUAAACCCCCACUUGACAAAACUCAAGUUCUUAAACUCCUCAAAGACCUCAAAGACCACAAAAAUCUCAUGCAAUUGGAGUUUCUUGCUGCAGAGAACGAGAGGAACAAGAAGUGUUUGCUAGAGGCUGGUGUGCCAAAGGUCAUGAUCAUGUUCAUUGUGAAUUGUUAUAAAAAGGGUCAAAUUGAAAAGGGUCUUGAGGAAGCUCUUAGUAUAUUGCAAUUUGUUAAGAUUCCCGCGGAGGAAGUGAGGGUGCUUCUAAAGGAAAAUGAUCAAGUAUUGGAUUCUCUAACAUGGGUUUUAAGUUUAAGUUGUGAUGAAAUGGAGAAGUCUGUUGCUAUGAAAUCACACGCGGUUUUGAUCCUCAAAACAAUUAUCUACAAGGGUGACCCUAGUCAUCAUCAAGUUCUUGAGAGACUCAAUCCUGAGUUUUUUGAAAGAAUCGUGAAGAUUCUAAGACAUGGGAUUACCCAAAAAGCGGUUUGUGCUGCUCUUCAUGUCUUGUUGAGUGCUUGUCCGUGGGGACGAAACAGGUUCAUGAUGGUGGAAGCAGGUUUGGUUUUUGAGCUCAUUGAGAUUGAAAUGGGGGCACCAGAAAAUAGAGUCACCGAGCUCACACUAGCUAUACUGUUUCAUCUAUGUUCUAGUGCUAAUGGGAGAGCCAAGUUUCUGAGCCAUGGGGGUUCCAUCGCUGUGGUGACAGAGAGAAUAUUGAAGGUUUCAGCAGCUGUUGAUGAUAGAGCUAUAUUUAUUCUCUCUUUGAUUUCUAAGUUUUCUGGCACAAACACGGUGCUUCAAGAGAUGUUGAAGGUUGGAACUGUGUCGAAGCUUUGCACGUUGCUUCAAACUGAUCAUGCCAAGUAUCUAAAGGACAAAGCAAUGGAGAUGCUCAAGUCUCACUGGGAGGUUUGGAAGAACUCUCCUUGUUUUCCUAAUCUCUCUUUUUAUGCAACAACCUUUCAUAGGUGA